UGUAAGCCCAUGUGUUUACUUGUGCACCAAAUCAUAUUCAAACAUUACUCUAAAACACCUCGACUCUUUUCCGAGAGAAAAACAAACAACCAAAUUACUGAAACUGCUGCAAGAUCUCAGACUAUUGGCGCCACUUGCUCCUCGAAUCUGUUUUUUGGGGGAAUUGUAAAACCCUAAGUCAUUCAGAUCAUCUAUUCAACUUUCCCAAUUUCGAAUUUCGAGAAAAUUUUUGGAGUAAGGAGAAAAAAAAAAAAGAAAAAAAAAACCGACGACGACGAAAUGCUCGGAGAUGGCGGCGAAACUCCUUCCAGGUUUGAAUUGUUGAGUAUGGUGAAGAAAAAUUCGAGCUUAUUAGAAAAGACUCUACUUGAUAAGCAAGAUGAUACGGACAUUGAAAUGGAUGAAAGCUUCUGGCAUGGCGUGUUGGAUUUGUAUUUUAUUCGUGGUAAGGAAUCAAGGAGGCGACAAGACGACGAUCUUGUAUUUUUUGUGAGAAAAUUGAACUCACAAGGAGAUGACUCUGGUGAUGAUAAGGAAGGCUUCCCUCCUUACUUUGUACGCAGGUGGGCAGCUAAGUUGGAUAACUUAUUAGGUGAAAAUUUGAAAGAAGUCGACUGGCGGCGCUCAUUUUACUUGAACUUGAUUGCUCACACUUCAUUUACUGUAACAGUGGCUAUUUGUAGUCACCAGGCACUUCUGAAUCAUCAAGUUGCACGAGAAACACCAUUGUCUCCUAUAUAUAAGGUUGUAAAGACUGUUUAUGCAUCUCCAAGCCGGGUUAAUUUUCAGUUGGAUUCAAAAAAGGAAGUGGAGACAACACCGGCCUAUCCAGAUAUUUGUUUUGCAAUUGAUGACUUCGACUCCACUUUUGAUGCUGUGGUCCUGACAGAAACUGACCAUUGCUAUUGUGUUCUUCUCAAUGCACAUGGUGGGGCAGCUUUUCCUAGUGAAAAUGAGCAACAUAAUUGUAGUACCAGUGAGAUUUCUCCUAUGAGGAUUGAAAGUAACACUGGAAAGACUCAGAAUACCAAGCUUACACUUUUCUCAGGAUUUGUUAGCUAUCAAAUGGUUCGAGAUGCAUAUGAUGCUGGCAAGUCUCGAUUUGGAAGUCUUCUAUCACUUGGUAAUUCCCCUGGCAAAACAGACAGACUUUACAUGAAAGGUCCUGGAGGUCGUGGGGAAGUUGAAGUAGCUGUUUCUGGUGUUGCAGAUCAAAGCCACCAAGAUUCCGGUCCUUUUUCGCCUGUUAUAUCAAAAAAAGGGUUUGGGAUUGGCUCAAUUGUCCGCAAAGCAGCAGCUGUUGCAUCAGAGGCAGCAAAGCAAGCCUAUGCAGCUGCUGCUUCUAGCACAAGUUUCGAUGAGGAGAUAGUUCCUCUCAAAUGCUCCUUAAUGUCAAUAUCAUUGCCUUGGGAACAAAUUGCAUAUGAUCUUUUGUUUAAGGGAAGUCCUCCAGUGAACUUGUAAGCAUCCUAUGUUCCUGUUGGUAAUGAAAUCAAAUGCCUCCACCCGCAAGCUUAAGUAUGAGAAUCAUAAGGGGUGUUGAAUGCCACUUCCAAGAACAUUGAAGAUUGUUAUUCAUCUGUAUAUGGAAAUCUCUUUUCCCUCAUUCCGUCUUUAAGUUAAAUCUUUUGUAAAAAUUAGUGACAGAAGCCAUCUAUAUCUUCAUUUUGGAUAUAGUUUCGAGGUUCAUAGAACACAAAGCUUAACAUUUAAAGAGGACUUGGCAUUAUUUUUUCAUUGGUUAAGAGUUAAUCUUAAGCCUGCUUUUAUUGCGUUGAGCUA